AUGGAUAAACACAUGGAAGCCAUUCGACGGCUUCAGGCCCAAGCCAUGGCCGUCGAACAGUCUGAAAUGGAAAAUGGGACACUGGAACACAGCCACAGAAGUCAAGGAGGAGGAGGCGUCGAAGUGGACUUUACAGAAGCUGAGGGUUCUUUGGCCGAGGAUCACACCGACCAUUCGGGUGACGACGACAAUGAAACUGGAAGCGCCGCCGGAGCUUCCGUACAAUCCGAAGCAAUACGUCCAAAGAAACCAUUUGAAUUGGUCGAAAAGGAAACCAACAACGUAUUGUGCUUGAGAUAUAUGAUUCUAGUCCAAGUAUUGCUCUUGUGCUGCUUCUUGGGAUAUGGGACCUUUGCCUUUGUGGGAAAAGCUGAAGAAAACGACGACGACGGAAAUUCCAGUUUGAAUGUUAUUCUGACGGCGGUCGUGGCGGUGGGAUUUGUGAUCCUAUUGUGCACUUUCUUGGUUUAUGAUUUCAUGGUGGAAAAGCGUCAAGACAUUGUGGUCAGCAUUGCCACCAAAUCAACCGCCAUUGUCGAUGGACUCUUUCCGGCUCAAGUUCGUGACCGUAUGAUGAACGGGACUCCGGAAAUGGCACCCAAGAAUGACAACCAAUCCGUGCCACCCGGAAGUGUUGCGGAUUUGACCUCCCAAGCUGAUGUCCUUAGCAACGGGAAUGCUCUCGUUAUUGAACCGGGCAAGCCCAAGAGCCAGAGUGCGAGAAGUUCGGAAAGUAAAAAGACGGAACUGGAAAACAAGAAUCUUUCCGUGAAACAAUUCUUGGCGGAAAAUGGAAUGUUUUCCGACACACGAUCCACCCAGCCAAUUGCCGAUCUCUUUCCCAAUACUACUGUCAUCUUUGCGGAUAUUGCUGGAUUCACCGCUUGGAGUUCCCAACGCGAUCCUCCUCAAGUCUUUACUUUGCUCGAGACGUUGUACCGAAGUUUCGACGAAGUGGCAGCCAAGCUCAAGGUCUUCAAGGUGGAAACCAUUGGAGAUUCCUACAUGGCAGUCACGGGAUUGCCCGUUCCGGACGAGAACCACGCGGUGCACAUGGCACGCUUUGCCUACCAAUGUUUGGUCCGGACCCGCAAAAUGUGUGGCGAUUUGGAGGCGCUCUUGGGUCCAGGAACCUCGGAAUUGGGAUUGCGGCUGGGUCUGCACAGUGGGGCCGUCACGGCGGGAGUCUUGCGCGGUGAAAAGUCUCGUUUCCAAUUGUUUGGAGACACUGUGAAUACGGCUUCCAGAAUGGAGUCGACUGGAAAGAAGGGGCGCAUUCAAGUAUCCCAAGAAACUGCAGACUUGUUGCGCAACUCGGGCAAGUCUCAUUGGUUGCGACCCAGAGAAGAAUUAGUCAAUGCCAAGGGUAAGGGAGAACUCAAGACCUUUUGGCUCGAUCCGACUCGCAAGCGUGGACAAAAGAAUGCACACAACAAGGCAUACAGCAGCAAUAAUAACAGUGUGGUUCCCAAGAUGGUACAGCCCGUUGUGCCACCGAAGAGUGCCAAUGUGAAGGCUUCCGAGUCCAAGGAACAGGAACCACAAGCCUUUGAUGAAAAGUCGGCCCGUCUCAUUGAUUGGAAUGUCGAUGUCCUCUUGCACCAUUUGGCGCGGGUCAUUUCUUGUCGUAGCCGUUCGACGUCCAAUGGAUCCUUGGUGAAUCAUGCUGCAGAAGUUCCUACAUUACCCGCGGUCAUUGACGAUGUGUCGGAAAUUAUUCCACUGCCUCCCUUUGAUCCAGAAAACUCGAGAUUCCGUCGCGUCCGACCCGAAGUGUCUACCUUGCAGCAAACCCGAGCGGACCUCCACGGAUUUGUUUCGGCAAUUGCUCUCAUGUAUCGGGAUGUUCCCUUCCACAACUUUGAACAUGCUUCCCACGUGACUCUGUGCGCCAACAAAUUGUUGACUCGAUUGGUCAAUUCGGACGAGUACGAUUCCGAAGAGGAACUUCACAAUGUCACGUAUGGAAUUUCCAGCGAUCCAUUGACCCAUUUUGCCAUUGUCUUUUCGGCGUUGAUUCACGAUGUGGAUCAUUCUGGUCUUCCCAAUGCACAACUGGUCAAGGACCAGAAACCGGUUGCGAUUCGAUUCAACAACAAGAGUGUGGCGGAACAAAACUCGACACACAUUGGUUGGGAACUAUUGAUGGACAAGCGAUUUGAGAGACUCCGAAAGUGCAUUUACCAAACAAAUACCGAGCGUAAACGAUUCCGACAAUUGGUCAUCAACUCGGUCAUGGCCACUGAUAUUGCCGACCGCAAGGUGAUUGCCCAGCGUAACUUGAAAUGGGAACGGGCAUUCCGCAAACCGACCAAGCCAGAGACUUCACCUGCUCAAAUUUUAGAGUCCAUGAACCGCAAGGCAACGGCUGUGAUUGAACAUAUCAUGCAAGUUUCGGAUGUGGCGCAUACCAUGCAACAUUGGCAUAUUUACCGACGAUGGAACGAGCGCCUAUUCCAGGAAAUGCACAAUGCUUUUGCGGAGGGAAAGAUUUCUGGCGAUCCAUCUAAAAAUUGGUACCUUGGAGAAAUUGGUUUCUUUGAUCAAUACUUGAUUCCAAUGGCAAACAAGCUCAAGGAGUGUGGUGUGUUUGGUGCUUCGGGACAUGAAUACGUCUCAUAUGUAUUGAAGAAUAAGAGGGAUUGGGAAAUGAAGGGACAACAAGCAGUGCAAGAGAUGAUUGUUCUAUGUCAAGAGGUUGAUGCAUCGGAUCGAAGCGAUGAUUUCGAUGAUUAUGGAUCAGACGAGGAUUCCUACACCAGUGAAGAAGACGAGGUGGAAUUCGUAUCCGCUUAG